AUAUUCCCCUUCUAUGAUGCAGAAGAAUCUUGCAUCUGAUUUCGAUUCCUUCGUUUUCGUUCCUCCACAGAUUUUCAAAUUCCUUAGAAAUUCAUCAAUGGCGCUUUCAUAGUUCGAAUCCGUAAACGUGUUCUUCUUCACUUCCAACUCUCCUUGAACAUGCUCUUAAACCCUUUCGUCUCUUCCACCUUCCGCAUCUCCCAUGGCGAUCGCCGUAUCUCUCUCCCUUUCCUCUCUCCGACCAGCCAGAGGGAAUUACCGUUUUACCCUUCAAGGAAACCAAGCCCAGCUUGCUGUCUCUCCGUCGAACGCCCAAAUGACCAGUCCCCCGCCGCCGCGGCAAACGGCGGCAAUUUGGGUCUCAGGGUCGUGGUCGCGGCAGGAGGAACCGCCGGACACAUUUCUCCGGCGAUGGCGAUCGGAGACGAGCUGAAAUCAGCCGAUCCACCUACUCGGAUCCUCUUCGUCGGUUGCCCCAACAGCAUGGAGAGCACGACGGUUCCCGCCGCCGGAUUCGACUUCGCCGCCAUAUCCGCCGGGAAAUUAUCCCGACCCUUUCUCUACCUAACCAACCUCUUCGGCCUCCCUCUCAAUCUGCUCCGAUCGGCGCGUGAAUCGUACGCGAUCCUCCGCGAUUUCGAGCCCCAGAUCGUUGUCGGAACCGGAGGGCACGUCUCGUUCCCGACAUGUUUAGCCGCCGUGGUUCUGGGGAUCAAGCUCGUGAUCCAGGAACAGAACUCAGUGCCCGGAAUCGCCAACUGGGUACUUUCGUUCUUCGCCGACAAGAUCUUCACGGCCUUCAACAGUGCCGUCAACAGCUUCCCGAAGAGAUCGGCGGCGAAGUGCGUCGUCUGCGGAAAUCCGAUACGGCAGGCUCUUCGGCGUUACAUCUCGAAAGCGGCGGCGCGCGUAAAUUACUUCGGACAGUGGGCCGGAGCUAUGGCGGAGGCUAAGGUCGUGCUCGUGCUCAGUGGCUCGUUAGGGGCUAAUUCCGUCAACAUUGCUCUGUUGAAUUGUUACUCGCAGGUGUUGUCGGAGCAUGAGAACUGGUUCUUCAUCUGGCAAACAGGGGUUGAAGCUUUUGACGAAAUGGAUAGCCUUGUCAGAAGCCAUCCCCGCCUGUUUCUUGCCCCGUUUUUGAAAUCUAUCGACAUGGCGUAUGCUGCUUCAGAUCUGGUUGUGUCGAGGGCUGGUGCCAUGACAUGCUCUGAGAUCUUGGCUUUAGGCAAACCUUCUAUUCUGAUACCGUCACCAAAAAACGAAGAAGGGCACCAGCUGAGAAAUGCCUCGUUAAUGGCGGAUAUAGUAGGGGCAAAGGUAAUAUCAGAGGAGGAGCUAGAUUCAAUCGCCCUUCGAACUGCCAUGGAAGAGGUUCUAGGGGACGAGGAACGGAUGGCGGAAAUGAGCGAGAGAGCGCUCAAAGCUGCGAAACCCGACGCUGCUUCAGUUAUCGCUCAACACAUACUAUCUCUGGUGAAAUCUUGAAAGAUAAGCAAUGAAGAAGGUUGGAGAUGUUGUCCCAACCGAUGUUCCAUUGUCUCUUGUCAGAAGGAACUGCAAAAUUGAGCUCAAACAUCUCCUUUGAGAUGUUGUUCCCUCCUUCACAGAACCCGACAAGCUUCGCAACUAUGGCUGCACUCUCUUCUACGUGUCUCGUGUCAUAAGGGUCUGUCCAUAG